AUGGCGCUGUUCUCCUCCCCUGUAGUGCUAUUCGCACUUCCGGCGUUCGUGAUCUACUACAUCGUCUCAACUUUCCUCGCCCGUCGCCGCAUUCUUCUCUUCGCCAAGACAAACGGCGCAACUUUUCCCAAGCACUUUUCCUCGAAACUUCCCUUCGGCAUCGACUAUGUCUGGCACACCCUCAAGGUCGUGCGCAGCGGCGGCGACAUCCUCGACGAUGUCAUUGCCGAAAAGUUCAAGAAGUGCGGCGACACCUUCAGCACCACGGGCUUCUUCGGCCCUGAUGAGGUGAACACCAUAGACCCAGUCAACAUCCAGGCCAUCCUCGCGACAAAGUUCCGUGACUUUGAGCUCGGCCCGCGCAGAAUCGCGCAGUUCAAGCCGUUGGAGGGCAAUAACAUCUUCACCCACGAUGGGCCCUUCUGGGAACACUCGAGAUCUCUCUUCCGACCGCAGUUCUCGCGGGAGAACAUCAACGACCUUGAGGGUACGGAACGUGCCGUGCAAGCUCUGCUCCGGGCCCUGCCUCUUGUUGGUCAGAAGACUGAUGACGAUGGCCUGUCUGUUGAUAUUAUGCCCUUGAUCUUCCGUUUCACGCUCGACACCGCGACCGGCUUCCUCUUUGGCGAAAGCGUCGACUCACAAACGGCCGCUGCGACGGGCAAGAUGUCGACAUCAACAAGCGCGGCGACAGCUAUGGCGGCUGACCAGGCGGGCAGCGACAUGUCCUUUGCCUCGGCCUUCCACGAGGCGCAGAUGUACAUCGUCAUGCGCGCCCGGCUGCAGGGCUUGUACUUUCUGGCACCCAGCAGCGUGGGCAAUAAGUCCAUUGACUACAUCCGCCGGUAUGUCGACCACUAUGUCCAGCUAGCUCUCAAGCGCGCGAAGCCGUCGGCGGACAAGUUCAGCUUGCUGGAUACCCUCGUGGAGCAGACGCGGGACCGCGGGGAGCUGCGGGACCAGAUCCUCGGGAUGCUGCUGGCGGGUCGAGAUACCACGGCGACGCUGCUCUCGUGGGUCAUGCUGAUGCUUGCGCGGCACCCGGUCGUGUUCAAGAGGCUUCGGGAGGAAGUGGUGGCGGAGUUUGGGGAGUACUCUGAGAACCCCGAGGGUGUUGACUUUGCGACGCUCAAGUCAUCACAGUAUCUUCAAUUUGUACUGCGGGAGACGUUGAGAGUGUACAAUGUCGUGCCACUUAACAGCCGGUAUGCGGCUCGGGAUACGGUCUUGCCUAGAGGUGGCGAAGCCGAUGGGUUGUCGCCCAUCGUGAUCAAGAAGGGACAGACGGUCACGUUUGUGCCGUAUCUGCUGCAUCGGCGCUCGGAUGUUUGGGCGGAUGCGAUGGAGUUUAAGCCGGAGCGAUGGGAGGGGGUUCGACUGGAUUGGAAUUAUAUCCCGUUCAGCGGGGGCCCGAGGAUCUGCUUGGGACAACAAUUCGCCCUUACAGAAUCUGCCUAUCUCUUGGUGAGACUCAUCCAGAGGUUCAAGAGCAUGGACUGGAUCGGGGCACAAGGCGAGCCGAGAAAGGAUAUUCAUUUCACCAUGGCUCCUAGAGAUGGGGUCAGUGUUAAGCUCCAGUACGCCGAAUCAUAG